AUGACAGAAAAUAACGAUACCCCUACUACCGACGCCUCACAAAGCGAUGUGACGAAAUCAACUGGCACCUCUGAUGCUGAAGACGGUAUCAAGGACAAGCCUAAGGGCGAAAAAACGACCGAAGUUGAAACGAAAGUUGAAAAAUCCACUAAGCCUCUCAAGCUUUCCUGGCCUUCAAGUACAAGCUUGUGGUGCCCUUCCAUUGGACGAUCUCAUGCUCACCUCUGGGACUUCGGCAUCGAUGAAUGUCCAAGUUGUGGACAAUUACUAGACCUGGGAUCACCCGUGGAAAUGCCUGUUAAGGUUGUUGAUCAACGAGCUCCUCCAAAACGACAAUCCAAGGCUAUCCUCCACGCUGUCGAGUACCGAGACAAUGGACACAAUACAAUCGGUAGUGAACCAUGGGAGGGCGAGUUUGAUCUGAACAGUCUUGGUCUGGCGGAUAGUCCAGCUUUUGAGAUCGUCACUGUACUUCUGACUUCAAUCCAGGCCAAUAACCAUCGUCAGGAUUGGGAAGCUGAGAGGCUGAUUGAAUCGAAGAUUUUGAAAAAACCAAACAUAAGAGCAAAGGUUGUCUCGAAACGUCUGACUGUUCACUCAGCCCCACUGUUGGAGAUCCUUAGACGUUACGUUUUCUAUUAUCCUUCAGCGACAGUCGAUUCUACUGCGUUGUGGUUGGAGGAACCCUUCGCCUUGGUUGCUCAUCACUACAAAGAGAUCAAAGCGCACUUAGACGUAAACAAGGGCAAGAUUGUCCAGGAAAGCGUCGAUACGGAAAUUGAAAACAUCAAGAAGGACGAAGAUGAGGAAGUCGUCGGGUUACGACAUCUCAGCUGGCUGCUAGACUUUUUCAAGAAAGCUGUUUUGGACGAUAUGAUCAACGAAGAGAACCGGCACGCAGACGAAUUUUGUACCUUCCGAAUGCUAUGGCUGCUUUACAAGCCGGGCAUGACAGUUUAUCACGAAAUAGACGGUCAUCUAGGUGCAUACGUCUUGCAAUCUGUUGACACAGACCCUGGCAUCUUGUCCAUUGUUCCACCCAUGCGACCAAAGUCGUACACGAUCAAGGUUUGGAGCCUUGACUUUGAUGGAAAGUACGUUGGUCGAGUUGGAAAGACCAUUACCAUCGCCCCGUUCGAAGGAGUGCGACCCAUUAGAUCUUUACAACUUGUACCGUGCCAUAUCAUUGAUCGAGAUGAUGGUGGGAAGUGGAGGAAGAAAUUGGAGGAGAACGGGAAGAAGUGGUAUCAGUUACUUCCUGGAGGUCAGGUUCAUUACUCUGGACCUGUUCUGGGCCCAACAAAGCGCCAGCUUGACGGUCGUGUUUACAUUGACCAUGCGUCAUACACAACCUAUCUGAACGAAAAGCCACCUGGAGAGCUCCCGCAAGGCCGUGAUUACGAUUCAGACAGCAGCUCAUCCUCCUACGAUAGCAGAGAUCGUAUGCGCAGAAGGCUCCCACCUCGAACUGGUCCUAGGCUGGGAUAUGUGAGAGACAUGGGUGGAAAAGGUCUCUCAAAGUGUCAAUGCGAAGAUUGUCGUGGUCUACGACCCCAUCCACCACCUGGGUUUCCUUGGGUUGAUUACGACAUAUUGGAUCCUAAUGUACAGAAGGAUCUCACUAUUUCCAGCGCAGAGGAAGGUCCCGGACAUCGAUAUCUACUUUGUGGACGGCUGUUGAGAGGUUUCGACCUCAAGACAAGAACAUGGGUCCAACUAGACGUCACCUACUGCAACCCGCCGCGUGCCAAUAUAAGGGCUAUCGACACUCUCGUCAUGCCAUCCGAAAGGAAAGACAUGAUCAAGGCGCUCAUACAAACAUUCACGACUAACGAUCUAGACAAGACAAGACAACAAGCGUGGAGAGCCGAUUAUAUAGAGAAUAAGGGUGACGGUAGAAUAUUUCUGCUACACGGAAGUCCUGGAGUUGGAAAGACAUAUACAGCAGAAUGCAUUGCCGAGUACACUGAAAGACCUUUGCUGUCUCUAACCUGCGGAGACAUUGGUACAAACGAAGUCAAGAUGGAAGCCCAACUCUCGAAAUGGUUCCAGCUGGCUGAGAAAUGGGGUGCUGUCAUGUUGAUUGAUGAAGCAGACGUCUAUCUGGAAAGACGCCAAGUCACCGACUUGAAAAGAAACAGUCUCGUUGCUGUCUUCCUCCGUUGCAUAGAAUACUACCGAGGUAUUCUCUUCCUAACCACCAACAGAGUAGGCCAGUUUGAUGAUGCUUUCAUCUCCCGAAUCCACGUCAUCAUACAUUAUGAGAAGCUCAGCGCUGAAGGACAGAAGAAGGUCUGGAUGCAGUUCUUUGACAAGCUUGAUUACGAUCGUGAGGACUUUAAAGUCACCCGCCGAGCCAAGGACUAUAUACUUGAAGAUGGUGCCACCAGUGAAAUAGAGUGGAACGGAAGAGAGAUUAGGAAUGCUUUCCAAACCGCCGUUGCUCUGGCCGAUUACAGGUAUCAGCAGGGCUCUGCGAACCAGAAACAGCCAACUCUUGAUCAACGAGACUUUGAGCAGGUUUGUGAGAUGAUGAAACAAUUCAAGAGUUACUUGGUGAAUGUACAUAAUAUGGAUGAAGGGCAGCGAGCUUUCAAUGCGGGUUCUAGAGCGUUGGCUGAGUUUUAG